AUGCUAGAAUGGAAAAUAUAUGUAUUACAAUCGUAUUUUCUUUCUGAAUACUGCCGUAAAACACACAACUACCAGCAAAGGGAUAGGGUGCUUAUGAGUUUGUUAAGAAGGAAGGCUGAAGAGAAGAAGAAAUGGGAAAAGAAAGAGGAACGGAAAGAAAACACAAAGCAGAACGUGUUCAUCAAUGCGAGCUUAACGGAAAAGGAGCUUGGCAUGAGGAAGGAAAGUGGCAGAAGGUUGAAGGAGCGUAAGGUGAGAACAGCUGCAGCUGAGCUUAAGCCGGAAGCUUGCAUCUAUUAUGGUAGGGUCGGAGUAGAAUAG